AUGCUUUUCGGUCGCCUCCUCGGCGUGGCCGCGCUCUCUGCCGUCGCCAAGGCGGUUGAGUUAUCUGGAUAUGAAUACGUUGUGGUUGGCUCUGGUGCUGGAGGCGGUCCCCUCGCGGCGCGGCUCGCUUUGGCAGGCCACAGCACACUUCUCAUCGAAGCCGGAGAUGACCAGGGUGCCAAUCUGAACUACACUGUCCCUGCCUUCUCCGCCAGGGCUUCCGAGGACGAGACAAUGGCAUGGAACUUCUUCGUCAAGCACUACGCCGACGAGGAUCGUCAAAAGCUCGACUUCAAGACUACAUACGAAACGCCCGAUGGUGGAGAAUAUACUGGUCUGAACCCGCCUGCGGGUUCCAAGAUGAAGGGUACUCUUUACCCUCGGACUGGCACGCUUGGUGGUUGCACCGCCCACAACGCUCUCGUUACCGUCUACCCUCACGAAUCUGAUUUCGAAUAUCUCGCCACUCUCACUGGAGACGGUUCUUGGUCUCCCGACAACAUGCGCAAGUACUUCGAGCGCAUGGAGAACAACAAGUACCUCCUUCCCUUGAUCGCCGGUCACGGCUACGACGGCUGGCUCAGCACCUCCACCGCGCCUCUGGAUAUUGUCCUGAAGGACCCCCAGCUGCUCAGCUUGUUGCUCGGCGGAGCCUUCUCCCUGGGAAAUGUGACGCAUUCUGUCUUCAACAUCGGCACUCUGCUGGCUGGAGACGGCAACUCGGCCAGCAAGCACCGCGACACCGAGCCAGGCUACUACCAAGUUCCUCUUGCCUCCGACGGAGGUGUCCGCAACGGUCCUCGUGAGUUUGUGACCACGGUCCGUGAUGCCAAGAACGCCGACGGUACCAAGCGCUUCCCUCUCGAUGUUCGCAUGAACUGCCACGUCACCAAGGUCACUUUCGACGAGACCGUCACCCCUCCCCGCGCCACCGGCGUUGAGUUCCUGGACGGCAAGUACCUGUACAGCGCCAGCCCCCGGUCCAAGACCGCUGGCAAGGGCACCCCUGGCUCUGCCUCCGCUUCGCGCGAAGUCAUCGUCGCCGGUGGUGUCUACAACUCGCCCCAGAUCCUCAAGCUCAGUGGUAUUGGACCCGCCGAGGAGCUGAACCACUUCGGAAUCAAGGUGGUUUCCGACCUUCCCGGUGUCGGCACUAACCUGCAGGAUCACUACGAGACUGUCGUGCAGGGCCACACCCCCGAGGACACUCUUGCUCUCAAGGGAUGCACUUUCAACGAGGGCGAUGACCCUUGCCUCGAGAAGUGGGAGAACCCCGUCCUCGGCAACCGCGGUAUCUACUCUUCGAACGGAUUCGGAGCUGCCAUGUACUACAAGAGCUCCGUGACAGCGAACGACGAAUUCGACGCCUUCAUCUUCGGCGGACCUAUCAACUUCCGUGGAUACUUCCCCGGGUACGGAGUCAACAUCAGCGCGCGCCACGACUGGUUCUCCUGGGCUAUCCUGAAGGCUCACCCGCGCAACACCGCUGGUACCGUCACGCUCCGCUCUGCCGAUCCUCUCGACAUGCCAGAGAUUGUCUUCAACUACUUCGACACCGGCUCCGGAGACUACGGUAAGGACCUGCAGGCUAUGACCGAGGCAAUUGGCGUUGCCCGUGGUGCUUUCGACCGCCAGCUCGUCCCCAUGGACGAAGUCCUUCCCGGCAAGGAGGUCCAGACUGACGAGGAGAUCCACGAUUACAUCAAGAACUACUCUUGGGGUCACCACGCUUCUUCUACCUGCCCUAUUGGAGCUGACGGUGACAAGAUGGCUGUCCUGAACACUGACUUCGAAGUCCGUGGCGUCUCCGGCCUUCGUGUGGUCGAUGCCUCCGUCUACCCCCGCAUUCCUGGCACCUUCACUGCCCUCUCCACUUACUUGGUGGCUGAGAAGGCUGCCGAUGUGAUUAUCGAGGCUGCCAAGGCUAAAGAGUAA